AUGGGAUCCCACCACGUGCCCGCUCGCACAGUUUUAUUCGAGAGGGAAAAAAAUGGAGUCACGUACCGUGUACCUGCCCUACUUUACAUCCCUCGUUGGUCAACAUUGCUGGCUUUUGCAGAAGAGAGGUUGAGUGUGGACGAUGCUCAUGCCAAUCUACUAGUAUUGCGACGUGGUACUUUUUACCGUAACUAUGUGGAGUGGGAGGACAUGGUUGCGGUGGACAAAGCUCGUCUGACCGGACAUCGCUCAAUGAAUCCAUGCCCAAUCUACGAUGACUUCACAGGGCAGAUCUUCCUAUUCUUCAUUGCUGUCCUGGGCAGUACUACAGAAUCCUACCAGAUCAUCACUGGGCGGAAUUUGGCACGGCUGUGCUUCAUAACAAGCUCUGACCAAGGGAGAAGCUGGAGUGAUGUCACAGACCUGACUCACCAAGUGAUUGGGGAAUCCUUAAAAGAAUGGGCCACCUUUGCUUUGGGACCAGGACAUGGUAUCCAGCUAAAAUCUGGUCGUCUCCUUGUUCCUGCGUACACUUAUCAUAUCAACUGCCGAAAUUGCUUUGGCAAGCUUUGCCGUACUACACCACAAGCCUUUGCCUUUCGUAGUGAUGACCAUGGAAAGUCUUGGAAAGUUGGAGAACUUAUCCCAAACCUGCACACAGUGGAAUGCCAACUGGUGUCAGUGGAUGAGGAAGAUGGAAGUAACAUCCUGUACUGCAAUGCCAGAAGCUCUUUAGGAUUCCGAGUACAAGCUCUGAGCUCUGAUGGUGGCAUUGUCUUCCAGCCUGCACAGUUGGUUGAGAAGUUGGUGGAGACACCUAGUGGAUGUCAUGGCAGUGUCAUUGGUUUCCCUGCUCCUCUGGCCUUUUUAUCAAAUCAUGAUAUCAAUAAUGCAUUACAACACAAGACUCAUCACAGGACUGGGAAAGGGUUUCAGACACCUACAUGGGUGUUGUACUCCCACCCCACCAGUACACACUCACGGUUGAACCUAGGAGUCUACCUCAGCACCUAUCCUAAGGAUGCCGAUAGCUGGAGAGGACCCUGGGUCAUCUAUGAGGGACCCAGUGCCUAUUCCGACUUAUCAUAUAUAGAGCUGCCUUCUGGUGAAGAUGGAUCUGUGGGGUUACCACCCAUAGUCGCUUUUGCCUGUCUAUAUGAAAAUGGUUUAAAAUCUCCAUAUGAGCAGAUAUCCUUCAGUAUCUUUACUCUAUAUGAGGUCAUACAGAACCUGCCACUUAAAACCAACGUACUCCAUCCUCCCAUGACCAAAGACCAAAGGAAAGGGAACUGUGCAACUUCAUAA